CAACAGGGAAAAAUAAUAAUAAAUUGGGACACGGAUGUUAAACAUCGGAAGUUACGCUUGCAUUGUUAUCGCGAGAACAGAAAACGGGAUUUGUGAAGACCGGGGUUUUCAUUCAUCAGCAGAUUAAAGGAUGGCCACUCCAGAGGUCCGGCUCAAUCAUACUAUCUACAUCAACAACCUGAAUGAGAAGAUCAAGAAAGAUGAGCUGAAAAAGUCGCUGUACGCCAUCUUCUCACAGUUCGGACAGAUUUUGGAUAUCCUGGUGGCACGAAACAUUAAGAUGAAGGGUCAGGCCUUUGUUAUCUUCAAAGAGAUUAACAGCGCCUCCAAUGCGCUGAGAUCAAUGCAGGGCUUCCCCUUCUAUGAUAAACCAAUGCGCAUACAGUAUGCAAAGACUGACUCUGACAUCAUAGCUAAAAUGAAGGGGACUUACGUGGAGCGUGACCGCAAAAAAGAGAAGAAGAAGAUCAAAGGACCUGAUGCCACUGGACCAAAGAAGGGUGUAGCAGGAGCUGGUGCAGCCAUGGUCGCUGGCGUGCCUGCUGCCAUGCCUGGAAUGCCUCCAAUGAGCCAGGCUCCCCGUAUGAUGCACAUGCCUGGCCAGCCACCUUACAUGCCCCCUCCAGGCAUGAUGCCACCUCCAGGGAUGGCGCCUGGCCAGAUGCCCCCUGGUGCCAUUCCUCCUGGUCAGAUGAUGCCUGGACAGAUGCCUGGACAAAUGCCCCAGCAGGUUGCAGAAAAUCCCCCCAAUCACAUCCUCUUCCUCACCAACCUGCCAGAGGAGACAAACGAGCUCAUGCUGUCCAUGCUCUUCAACCAGUUCCCAGGAUUCAAGGAGGUGCGUUUGGUCCCUGGACGCCACGACAUCGCAUUUGUGGAGUUUGAGAACGAGGUGCAGGCCGGAGCUGCACGAGACGCACUACAAGGCUUCAAGAUCACGCAGACGAAUGCAAUGAAGAUUUCAUUCGCUAAGAAAUAAGCUCUCAGGAACGGUGGUCUUUUUUUCCCCAACAUAUAAACAGGUCUUUGUUUUUUAAACUUGCAGUAAAUCUGACUGUGAUGCAUUCUUAGAAAUUGACUUUCAGGGUUGCACGUAAGUAUGUGUCAAGCUGCUGUUUUUUUUUAUCGUGCCACAUUGACAGAACUCUUUAAAAAUAAAGGACAAACAUAUGUGAGUUUUGUAUCCUAUUGAUAGUAAACUCACAUAUGUAGAAGUUUUUUUUUGUUUGGUUUUUUUGUUUUUGUUUUUUAGCUUUACAUCCAAAUCCACAAGCAGCUUGAUAUGUUUUCUACAUUUGUCAUAAAGCAUUGCACCCAGAGUCUGGUUUACCAGACAUUGUACCUGGAGCUUUUCUUUCUUUUUAUAAAUAAAAUUGUGUUCUAAGAA